GCACGUGACCCGCCCGGUUUGCGGGGGAGGCUGAGGCGGCGCCGGGACCGGGCACCGGGCACAGGGACCGGGCACCGGGCACAGGGACCGGGCACCGGGCACAGGGACCGGGCACCGGGCACAGGGACCGGGCACCGCCGGGUCUCCUUCCUCCGGGUUUCUCCCGCUGCCGCCUCUCGGGCAGCCCCUUCCUUCCCUCCCUCCCUCCGUCCCUCCCGGCACCGGGGGAGGCCCGAGGGCCGCCCCGUCAGCGGGGAGAGCCCUUCUCCUCCCGCCCCUGCCCUUCGGGGAGGGUGGAGGGAAGGCUGCCGAGGGCUUUCCCCGCUCGGGGGGGUGGUGGUUCGCGUGUUCUUCGAGCCCACCUCGCUUCCCCCUCCCUCCUCCGCGGUGGGCCUGGGGGAGUCACGGCCUUCCCGGAGCUGCGUCCCCGGCUUACCCAGCAGGGGCUGCUUUGUGAAGGUUAUUUUUGUUGAAGGAGACAAGGAGCUGUGGUUCAGACAUGUCGUGGAUCAGAGAGGGUGAGCUGACCAUCAUAGAGAGAUUUUGUGCCAACAUCAUUAAGGCAGGUCCAAUGCCCCAGCAUGUUGCCUUCAUCAUGGAUGGCAAUCGCCGUUACGCCCGGAAGUGCCACGUGGAGAGACAGCAGGGGCACUCACAAGGCUUUGAUAAGCUGGCACAGACAUUACGGUGGUGCUUGAACCUGGGCAUUCGGGAGGUGACAGUUUAUGCCUUUAGCAUCGAGAACUUCAAGCGCUCCAAGGAGGAGGUGGAUGGGCUGAUGGAUCUGGCAAGACAGAAGUUUAGCCGCUUGCUGGAAGAACAGGAGAGCCUGAAGAAGCAUGGCGUGUGUAUCCGUGUCCUUGGGGACCUGCCACUUCUGCCUUUGGACAUUCAGGAGCUGAUUGCCCAAGCUGUCCUGGCAACCAGGAACUACAACAAGUGCUUUCUAAAUGUCUGCUUUGCAUACACAUCCAGACACGAGAUCAGCAACGCAGUCAGGGAGAUGGCAUGGGGGGUGGAACAAGGACUGCUGGAACCCAGUGAUGUGUCUGAAUCGUUGCUCGAUAAGUGUCUCUACACCAGCAACUCCCCUGACCCAGACCUCCUGAUCCGCACCUCCGGGGAGGUUCGGCUGAGCGAUUUCUUGCUCUGGCAGACAUCCCAUUCAUGCCUGGUGUUUCAGUCAGUCCUGUGGCCAGAAUAUUCCUUUUGGAACCUGUGUGAGGCCAUCCUUCGGUUCCAGAUGAACUACAGUGCUUUACAGAAGGCCAGAGAUUCCUACCUGGAGGAAAGGAGGCGACAAGAGAUGGAAAGGGAUCAGGCUUAUGUGACGAAGAAGCUGCAGCAGGAGGGGUUUGCGUCCCACGGAGACUCGCGGCGCCGACAGACGCUGCUGCAGAAAUGCACUGCCAUGCGUGAGGAGAGGAUCCAGGGCUUCCUGCAGGCACUGAAGCACAAGAGAGCAGACUUCUUGGAAAGAUUGUGUCCAGUGUCUGCAUGACACAGGUGCUGGGUUGGUCUUGGGAAGACAAUAUUUAACCACGUUAGAGGGAACAGCUGCUGCCCAGAGGAUUUUGCCUGGAGCAGUUCUGCUGCGGGGAUGUGGGGCUGCUCUGGGACUUGACAUCCCCACUGGCUCUCUCUGAGGGCAGGGACAGAGUUCUGGGAAUCUUCCUAGCUCUGGGAAUGCUGCUGGGGAAGGGAAUGCCGUCCUGUCUCGUCUCCCUGCCCCUGGUGAUGAAGAAUACACACACAUGCAUCUCUGCUGCUUGGUACUUUACAGGUCGGGGUGUUUUGGUGAUAAGUUUAUCUCAAAUGAGCCUCCAGUUCUGUUUGACUCCUGGUGAACUGGCCCAGGCAAACUCACUCAGUCCUGUUCAGUCUGGACUUGAAUUCUUCCCAUGACUUAGCAGCUGUGAAUCUUGUGUUGAGAUUUCUUCUGCUGUCCCAUAAGGGGGGGGCCUUGCUUUCUCUAGGGAGAGGAUUGUGCCUGGUGUAGAAGGGAGUCCUGUGCUGAGUGGUGGCAGAGAUUCCCCACUCCCUACUUUGUGACAGCAUCUUGACUUUUCCCCAUCUCACUGUGCUGGAUUGGAUGUAUCUCCCCUUGGCUUCCAAAGAGCUAGAUAGAGUGAGGUGUUGUCAGCCUUACUGCAAAGAAAAAAAGGACACUCCAAAGCUUCAUUGGGUCCUGUGAUCCCUUCUGAGUGGUGUUUGUGGGGAAAACCCAAAUGCCUGGAGAUGAUGGUGCUUGGGAAAGAGGCUCUGAGCAGGCAAGGACAAAGGAUCGGUUGGGAAAUGAUGGCUUGAAAAGGGAAAGUUAGCUAAAACCAGGUGAUGGAUGCAGAAUGCCAAAUCCCUCUGAGACCUCUCUAGAACUAUGACUUAACAUCCUGUUUCCAGGGAAUGAGGGUGGGUUUCAGGAAUACAGUAGCCAAAACCAGCCUCUGACCCUGGCCAAAAUGGCCGAGAAGGAGUUUGAUGGGAGCGGCCGGAGCAGCUGUGCAGUGUGGCUGUGCUCAGCUCCCCAUCAGCAGGGAUGGACUAGCUCAUUUCCAAGAUUAUUUCCAUCUCUGGUAUUCCCCUGGUUUCCAUCCCUGUGGUCAAAAUAACCAAAAAUAUCUUGAUUUUUGUUUUGGAUGCACAUCCAGGUGCAGCACUACCAGCUGUUGCCGUUUUUUGAAAAGUUUCUUUUUACCUCCAGGUGAAAACUAAAAAAUGCAGAUUUAAAAGACCUUGUGAGUGCUGCCAACCCAGCAUUUUGUGAUGGUGCAGAGGGGACCUCCCUUGUCACGUUGUGAAUAAAGCAUCUUCGUACCAAACUUCAUUUAAAAAACAAGCUGGACAUCUAAGAGUACAUAGAGUUUAUUUGAAGGUGUGAUGAAGGCACCACCCAGGCCUAAUAUAAUUAAACAUUGACAGGCUCAUCAUCUGAUUCCUUUUAGACUGGGAAGGGUUUGAGGGCUGUGUCAUUUUUACAGCCCAGUCUGAGCAAUUUGUUGGUAGCCCAAGGCUUGGCCCAGUGAAGCUCUGUGCCUGAACCUCCUCUUGAGCAAGUAGCAAACGGCAACUGGGAUAAAAGCGUGCUGAGAUGAUGGGAGAUGUGCUGAGAUUUAAACCUCUUUGGCUCUAUUUUAUCUUCUGUCUUCACAUUUCAGGAAGUUGUCUGUGGAAAUAGUUCACUCUCCAUGAGAUGGAGCACUCUGCAGGCUCCAGAAGGCGAGAGUCUUCUACCUGUGGAUGUUUUUUUGCCUCAAAAAAAAUAAGGUUUUCAGCUGGGUUCUGAUGAUCCAGGUGAGCAAAGCUACAGUGGUGGUUUCUCACAUAGUGCUGUUGCAGGUGUGGUAAUUGAAGGAUCUGGUUUAUAAAAUGCAUGUGGGGAAUGUUUUAAUCCCUUUUUUAAAAGUCAUUGCUGUUGUAGGGGUGAGGAGAAGUCCUUCAGGCAGUGUCUUACCUGACAGCUUGUUGAUGCCAUGUUAUUCCAGUAAAAUACCAACUUUCCCUCUUUUAA